AUGCCCCACCUCGUCGCCAACUUCCUGCGUUCCUCCACGGGACCAAUCCCUCACAUCAAGGCCGUCUCCAGGUCUCGGAACACAUCUCGGAGCAACUCCCGGAGUGCAUCGCGCAACACCAGCCCUCAUGCCUCUGACAGCGAGGACCGCCAUGCCGUCAAGAUGCCCGACCUCGCAGAAGCCAUUAAGAAGCACCACCGCCUGUCACUGCACUUUGGCCGAUCAGCUUCCAAAGAGCGCCAGCAGCAUGCUUCCUACUCUCCAGUAGUCAUUGACUGGAGCGUUGAGAGCCCGCCAGUUGUUUUCCAUGGUAACACUGAGGAGAGCACCGGCGCACUGGUGUCAGGACAGAUCUUCUUGGAUAUUAAGGAGGAGUUGGUGGAUGUCGAGAGCUUCACAGCAACCCUGAACCUGGUUGUUACCCACAAGAGGCCAUUCCAGAACAACUGCAGCGACUGCCAGACACAGACAACUCAGCUGGAGAAGCUUCAGCUUCUGGCUCACCCCAUCCCUCUGCGAAAGGGCAAGCACCAAUUCCCUUUCUCCAUCCUGCUGCCAGGCCAUCUGCCAGCAUCAAUGGACACUCCUGUUGUUUCCAUUGCCUACGUCCUCAACGCUGAGGCCCAAUACCUUACUGCCCCCACAGAGCCCGAAACCCCAAGCUCAAUCUCAACCGCCAAGUUUGAUCGAAUCAUCGACGUUAAGCGAACCCUUCCCGAGCCUCUCUACCCUCACAACUCCGUUCGAGUCUUCCCUCCCACAAACAUCAAGGCUGCUGCCAGCUACAUCUCUGUCAUUCACCCCACAGCCGCAAACAAGAUGACCCUCAAGCUCGACGGGCUCAUGACCCACAACGAACGGGUCAAGACCGUUGACCUUUGGAAGCUGAAGAAGCUCACCUGGAAGCUUGAGGAGACCAUCAAGACAGUCGCUCCCGCCUGCGAGAAGCACAACCCUGGCCUGGCCGAGUCAGCGAACAAGGGCCUGCCCCGAAGCGAAACCCGAGUCAUCGGCGAGAAGAGCCUCGUCGAGGGCUGGAAAUCUGACUACACCGGCAGUGAUGGCAUCGUCGACAUGGAGUUCGAAUACUGCGUCAACCAGCUCAAGCAGCACUCUCGCGAACUCAAGUACGCUUGCGAUACCAAGACCCAGGACGGCACUGAAGUUACCCACUCUCUGUUGCUGGAACUGGUAGUAUCAAAGGAGUACGCCCAGGAGGGCAAGGCGCACAUUUCUCACCAGACUGGCACUGGCCGCAUUCUGCGAAUGCACUUCGCCGUGGUCUUGACUGAUAACGGUGGCCUGAGUGUCAGCUGGGAUAACGAGGCUCCUCCUGUCUAUGAGGACGUGCCCCCAAGCCCGCCUGAAUAUGCUGAGGACGAGCACCCCAUUGAGUACUACGACCUUGAAGAAAUCGUUGCUGCUAGGGCAACGGCACCCAACAGCCGAAGGGGCAGCCAAGAAUUAUAA